AUGGAUCGGUUGCUAGCAAAGAGUUAUGAUCGAAUGGUAGAAAGAGACAAAAAAUAUCGGUGUUUUGUGGACGGCGGCUUGGGAAAACGAUCAUUUCUACGCGUAUACGCUAACGAAAUAUAUAACCGAUCCGAACUAUCCUUUUCGGAAUUUAGUGGACAAUUUCUCAGCAAGAUCAGCAUAGCAUUGAUUCAUUCGGGAAAAGAUGUUAUCAGUGGGACAUUACGGAGCUUCCUGAACUAUGAGGCAGAUUAUUCAUAUGCUGCAAACAUUGUAGUAUGA